UUAUAUCAUAAAUGUGGUCCUUGUGUCUAUGCACAUUAGGCUGAUUUUUUUAUGUUAUUUAUUAAUAAAUUUUGUAAAUUUAAUAAUUUAGUUAUUAAAUUUAUUAUAUAAAGUCAUAAAUAAAUAAUAUAUUUACAUAUUUAAUAAAUAGUAGUUAGUUUUUGUUUGUUAUUAACGAUGGAUGUAGCUGAAACUCAGACUGGAGUUAAUAGAGUGAGAGACCAGUUGAAAGUAAGAUCACAGAAAUUAUUUCAAGAUUUUCUAGAAGAAUUUAUUGAAGAUGGGGGUAGUGAGCCUAAAUAUUUAGAAGCAGCUGUAGAAAUGACAAAUGCUGAACGUUUUACUUUAGAAGUCAGUUUUCUUGAUGUUGAAAAGUUCAAUCAAAAUCUUGCCAUCACUAUUUUAGAAGAAUACUAUCGGGUUUAUCCAGCAUUAUGUUUAGCAGUUGGAAAUUUUGUUAUUGAUCGAACUGAAGCAAAUGGUAACCAUCAAGAUUAUUUUGUUAGCUUUGUUGAUGUUACUACUAGGUUUAAUGUACGAGAAUUAACAACUUCUAGAAUUGGUGAAUUAGUUCGUAUAUCUGGUCAAGUUAUUAGAACUCAUCCAGUUCAUCCUGAGCUUGUGUCAGGAUAUUUUUCUUGUCUUGAUUGUCAAACAGAUAUCCCAAAUGUAGAACAACAAUUUAAAUAUACUCAACCAACAAUUUGCCGUAACCCUGUCUGUGCUAACAGAAAAAGAUUUAGCUUAAAUGUUAACAAAUCACGUUUUGUUGAUUUUCAAAAAAUUCGUGUACAAGAAUGCCAAUCAGAACUUCCACGUGGAAGUAUUCCUCGCAGUCUUGAAAUUAUAUUAAGAAAUGAAAAUGUUGAAACUGUGCAAGCUGGUGAUAGAUAUGAUUUCACUGGUACUUUAAUAGUUGUUCCAGAUGUAAGUGUUAUGUCAACACCUUCAGCUAGAGCAGAAUCUGCUUCUGGUCAAAAAAAAGCUGAUGCUAACGAAGGUGUCAAAGGAUUAAAAUGUUUGGGCAUUAGGGAUUUAAAUUAUAAAUUAGCAUUUUUAGCUUGCAGUUUAUCUGCUACAGAUACAAGAUUUGGUGGUAAUGCUGAAGUGAAUAAUGAUGAGUUGACUACAGAUUCAAUUGAGCGUAUGAAAAGGCAAAUGACAGGACCUCAAUGGGAAAAAAUUUAUGAGAUGAACCGUGAUAGAAAUCUGUAUCAUAAUUUAAUUAAUAGUCUAUUUCCAUCAAUUCAUGGAAAUGACCAAAUCAAAAAAGGUGUUUUGUUGAUGCUUUUUGGAGGUGUGCCCAAAACUACUUUAGAAGGGACAACACUUCGUGGUGAUAUUAAUUGUUGUAUUGUUGGUGAUCCAAGUACUGCAAAGUCUCAACUACUAAAACAAGUAGCAGACAUGUGUCCUAGAGCUGUUUAUACAUCAGGAAAAGCUUCUAGUGCUGCUGGUCUAACAGCAGCUGUAGUUAGAGAUGAAGAAUCAUUUGAUUUUGUAAUUGAAGCUGGAGCUCUUAUGUUGGCUGAUAAUGGUGUAUGUUGUAUUGAUGAGUUUGAUAAAAUGGAUCCACGAGAUCAAGUAGCAAUUCACGAGGCUAUGGAACAGCAAACUAUAUCUAUUGCUAAAGCUGGUGUCAGAGCAACAUUAAAUGCUAGAACAUCAAUAUUAGCUGCUGCAAAUCCCAUAAAUGGACGUUAUGAAAGAAGUAAAUCAUUACAGCAAAAUGUUACUUUAUCAGCACCAAUUAUGUCACGAUUUGAUUUAUUUUAUGUUCUCAUCGAUGAAUGUAGUGAAGUUGUUGAUUAUGCCAUAGCUAAAAAAAUAGUAGAAAUACAUAGUAAUAUGGAAGAUGCAACUGAAACAGUAUAUAGCCAAGAAGAUAUUUUAACAUACAUUGGAUUUGCUCGUCAAUUCAAACCUCAGCUUACAGUAGAAGCUUCUGAAAAGUUGGUAGCUGCAUAUACUCAACUUAGACAACGUGAUAGUCAGUCAAGUACCAAAUCAACUUGGCGAAUUACUGUUCGACAGUUAGAAUCACUUAUUAGAUUGUCUGAAGCUAUGGCUAAAAUGGAAUGUUCAGAUCAUGUAACACCAAAGCAUGUUUCUGAAGCAUUCAGUUUGUUAAAUAAAUCUAUUAUAAGAGUUGAACAACCAGAUGUUAAUUUGGAAGAUGAUGAAGAAAUGAAUGGAUUAACUGAAUCUAAUGGUAUGGAUGUUGAUCAACCUGAAGGAAACGAAAAGAGAUCUUUAUCUAAGAAAAAAUUUACUUUAGCUUUUGAAGAAUAUAAACGAAUAACAAACAUGUUGGUUGUUUAUAUGAGAAGUGAAGAAGAAAAAAGAAUUGCAGAAAAAGGUGAAAGUGAAGAUAGUGGUUUACUAAGAAGUGAAAUUGUAAGUUGGUAUUUAGAAAAAAUUGAAGAUCAAAUCAAUGAUGAAUCUGAAUUAGUUGAAAAGAAAAGUUUCAUUGAAAAAAUUUUGGAUCGUUUGAUUUACAAUGACAAUGUAUUAAUUGCCCUUUCUCAGUUCAAACGAACUGAAACUGGUGAUGCAGAACAAGAAGAAGAAGAAGACGAUCCAGUUCUAGUUGUUCAUCCUAAUUUUGUGGCUGACAUUUAAUUUAAUUUUUAUUGUACAACAAAAUCCUAUUUUUAUUUGUAAUUGAAAUUUUUAAUUUAUGUAUAUUAUUAAAUAGAAUAAUUAUUUUAUUAAUUUUAUAAGCUUAAA